AUGAGGAUGCAUCUUCUCUCCUUAGAUCCUAGCUACAUCAACUGUAUUGAGAAAGGACCACAUGUUCCGGUCAAAAUCAAUACUGCCCUGAGACUUGAUGGAAGUGAAGCAGAGGAUGUUGAAGUGCCUAAAAAUCCUUCUAAGUUUACUGAAGAAGAUGAGAAAGAAGUGCACAAGGAUAACAAGGCUAUGAACAUUCUUUUUAAUGGUAUUGAUGAUGAUAUGUUUGAUAGUGUUAUCAACUGCCCUACUGCAAAAGAAGUAUGGGACACUAUUCAAACUUUAUGUGAAGGCACUGAUCAAGUUAGGGCAAACAAGAUGCAGUUGUUUGUCCAACAAUAUGAGAGCUUUCAUUCUAAGUCUGGGGAAUCUCUAAAUGAUUUAUUUAAAAGAUUUCAGAAACUGUUAAAUGGAUUAAAAUUGUAUAGUAGGAUCUAUAUGGUCAAGGACUCAAAUCUCAAAUUCUUGAGAGCCUUGCCUAGAAAUUGGAAACCUAUGACUGUUGCUUUGAGACAAGCUCAAAAUUUUAAUGAAUACUCUCUUGACAAACUCUAUGGUAUAUUUAAGACUUAUGAGCUUGAAAUACAGCAGGAUGAAGAACUUGAAAAGAACUCCAAGAGGGAGAAAACUGUGGCUCUUGUAGCAGAAAAGGAAGAGGAAGAGGAGAAGGCAUUAAAAUCUGUGAUUGCUGGAAAGGCCUCAGGCAGCUCUGCUUGUGAAGGAAAGAAGGAUGAUGGAAAGAAGAAAGCAAAAAUCAUUGAAGAAGAUGAAGAAUCUUCAGCUCAAGAUGAGCUAGAUGACCUUGAUGAACAUCUAGCAUUUCUUGCCAGAAAAUUCUCCAAGCUCAAGUUCAAACGAAACACUGUCAGCUCUAGACCAUUCAACAGAGGAAAUCAAUCCAAACCAUCUGGUAUGGUUGAUAGAUCAAAAUUCAAGUAUAUUGAUCUACUCAAGCAAAGCAAGGAGAAGGCACUCAUAACUGAGGAUGGUGACCGGGCUCCUGAUGAAGGAGAUUCUGACAAUGAGGAACAUGUCAACUUUGCCUUGAUGGCAAUUGGAGAUGAAGCUGAUUCUUCCACCACCAGCAAUGGACAGGUAAAAACCACCAACACAUCUGAUCUCUCUAAGUCUGAAUGCAAGCAAAUCAUUGAUGACAUGUCUAAUGAAAUCUAUAAUCUUAGAGUCUCUCUUAAAUCUCUAACAAAAGAAAAUGUUAGAAUUAAAAGGACUAAUGAUUUGCUUACUGAAAGAAAUGGAAAGCUUGAAACUGAAUUAAUCCAAAUGGAUAAAAUCAAAAAGUCUUCUGAGCUUGCCAAAGAUGAGUUGCUGGCUGUUCUGAAAAGAGAAGAAAUUCUCAAAAAGCAACUGGAAAGGGAACAAGAGUUAAUUGCUAAAUGGAAAGAUUCUAGAGAUGUUCUUGAAAACUUGUGCUCCACACAAGAUCUUGAGGAAUCAUGUAAAAAUUCCUGCAGGAAGGACAAAAAGUUGUUAUAUGAAUCUGAUCUCUUAGUGGAUAGUGAUCCUCCAUUGAUAUAUACUCAAUCAACGGAUGAAAGCUAUCCAUUGAAGAAUCAAACAGCAGUUGAUGACAACAAACUCAAGAAGUUGGAUAAGAAGUAUGGGCCCAUCAACAAAAAUUUUGUGAAGGAAUCUGUUAGUUCCAAGAAAAUUGAAAGGGAAGGAAUUGGUCACAGUGAAGUUAGAAUGGAAGCUGGAAAAGGAAAGAAGAAGAGCUCUAGGAAUGGCAAAGUUGGGAUCAACAAAAAGAAUGAUUACACACCUAACAAAAAUGCUGUUAGAAAAACUUGCUCUAAAUGUGGUAGUGUUAAUCAUAUUGCUGUUAACUGCAAAAAUGCUCUAUCUGAUCUUUGCAUGCCUAAUCCUAUGAUGAAUGCUCACAUGCCUUAUAUGCCUAUGUUUCCUCAUGCUCCUAUUCAAUAUGCUAAUAUGCCUUUCAUGCCUAAUCCAUUCUUUGGUGCAUUUAACAUGUCUGCUGUGCCCAAUCCUCAUGAUAACAUGAAUCAUGCUUAUGUAAAUCAAUUUUCUGUGAACUCUAUCUAUGUUGGUUCCUCUAACUCUGCUGUGAUGCCUAAAGUUAAGAAGAUUAAUUCUGAGGAUGAAGGAGGAAGAAAGAAUCUUUGGUAUCUUGACAGUGGUUGCUCAAGACACAUGACUGGAGAUUCUACCCUGCUCAGCAAGUUUGAAGAAAGGGCUGGCCCAAGUAUAACCUUUGGAGAUGACAGCAAAGGAUUUACUCUGGGAUAUGGCAUAAUUUCAAAAGGGAAUGUCAUCAUUGACAAUGUUGCAUUGGUGAAAGCCUGUGUUAUCUCUGAUAAGAAAGAUAACAAAGUGGUCUUAACUGGAAAUAGGAAGGGAAAUGUCUACAUAGCUGAUUUCAACUCUACCAGUGCAGAUUCUCUCACUUGCUUGUUUAGCAAAACAUCUUUUGAUGACAGCUGGUUAUGGCAUAAGAAAUUGUCCCAUUUGAAUUUCAAAGCCAUGAAUGAUCUUGAUGAAGCAAGUGAAAUCAUCAUCAAUCACAUCAAGAUUGUUGACAACAUUGAUCCAGGAAGAAAAGUCUCGAGGAUCAGAAGUGAUAAUAGAACUGAGUUCAAAAACUCUAUUAUGAAGAGUUUCUGUGAAGAUAAAGGUAUCCACCAUAAGUUCUCUGCUGCAAGAACUCCUCAACAAAAUGGUGUAGUUGAAAGGAAGAACAGAACUCUUAUUGAAGCUGCUAGAACAAUGCUUGAAGAAUCAAAGUUGCCAACUACUUUUGGGCUGAAGCUGUUAACACAACAUGUUACACUCAAAAUAUUUCUCUGA